AUGAUUUUGAAGUUGAUGUUUUGUUUUGAAGUUUGAAAUGUGAAUUAUUUGUGAUUUAAUAAUUUUAUAUUUUAUAUUCAUUUUUUCGAUUAAUACAUUCAUAUUUCAUAUCAGGAAACCAUAAUAAUAUUUGAAUAUAAUACAUAGCUGGCAAUAAUUUUCAAUCUAUUAAUAUUAAAUUACAUCCUAAGAUGUUUAUAUCCAGGUGUGGACUUCGAAUAUUAAGUAAGUUAGGUCUUCGUACUAAAAGUUUAGCUGAAGGAUACCCAUCUUCAUUAAAAUUAUGUGUACCGGUUACUAGUGCAACUCGGUAUUAUUGUAUUAAACCAGAGGGUUCUUUGGAUACAUUAAAUAUUGAACCAAGUACAUCAAAACUCUUUGAUAAUAUUGAUUAUGAUUCAAUUACUGGCGGUGAUGAAGAAACGUUAUCAAAAUUAAAACGUUUAAUCCUAGAGAUUGAUUUACUGUAUGAAAGUGGUGAACAAGUACCUAGCAACCUUAGAAUAGAUCAAUGGCAAAACUUAUUACAAUUAAGUAGCCGGUCAUCCCGAAUGAAACAAUUAAGAUACUUGUUUUUAAUAGAAAAAAAAAAAGAAAAUCGUAUUGUGCGCAAAUUAGAAAAAAGAGCUGAGCGUUUAGAACGAUACGAAAAUGAACCAACAAAUGAUCACAUUGAGUAUGGAUUAAUGAGAAAUAGUAUGUUUCAUAGAAUUUAUGAAAAACAAAUGAAUUCUCUUUAUAAUUACCGUUUAUGUGAAGCUAUGUUGUAUGGACAAGACAUAUUAAUUGAUUGUAGUUAUGAUGGACAUAUGUCACUGAAAGAACAAACAAAUUGUGCUAAGCAACUACUGUUAAUGUGGUCUUAUAAUCGUACACAUAAGGAUCCUUUUAAUAUAAUAUUUUGUAAUGUUAAUAAAGAAAGUACAGUAUUCAAAGGUUUAUCUAAGACAAUACCAACUAUUGAUGAACCAACAUUCCCUUUAAAUUAUACAAAACAAAGUUAUUUAGAUCUUUAUCCAAGAGAGAAACUUGUGUAUUUGACUCCACAUUGUAAUGAAGAGCUUAAAGAAUAUAAUUAUGAUGAUAUAUAUAUCAUAGGUGCAAUGGUUGAUAAAAUGAAAGUUGAGCCUUUAUCAUUAGCUAAGGGUAAACGAGAUAAAAUAAGAAUGGCCAAAUUACCACUUGAUUUAUAUUUAGAUUGGAAACAAGGAACUAAAAAUUUAACCAUUAAUCAAAUGAUUAUGAUUAUGGCAGACUUAAAAAUUAAUAAUAAUUGGGCUGAAGCCUUAAAACAUAUACCUAGAAGAAAACUUUUAGAAGUAGAUGCUUACCAAAGAGGACAAAUUGGAAAUAAUCAAAAAAUAUCCGCAAAGAGAAUUAGAGAAGAUUUUAGAAGAAAUUCUGUGUACAAUUUAUUAAUUAAAAAGUAGUUAUACAUGAUACAUUUAUAGAUAUUUAUUUAAAUAAUUAAAUUAAUUUACAUUGGAUAAAUUUAAAA